UCAGAAUAUAACUUGUGUGUGUACAAGAUCUGAAGAGCCAACCCUGCCCACGUCACCCUCUGCCCCUGAGUAUAAACACAUAGCUGCCAGGCUGACGGCACGGGCACUUCACUAGACUACUGCUGUGUGACACGACGUGCAGACAUGUCUCAACCUCAGAACGAACCUGUUAAGAAGAAGAGACCAGUGAUGAAAGAGGAGGACCUCAAAGGAGCAAAAAACAAAUUGAGCCAUAAAACACCUCUCAAAUCAAAGACAUAUCAAGUGAUGAGAGACUGUGAAUUAUCCGGCACCACAGCACCCUCUGUGUUCAGCCAGAACAGGACAGGAGGGGAGACCGUGUUUGACAAACCCAAGGAUGAGCCGGCAAAGAGUGUGUUUGGCUGAUUGAGGACAGACUUCAGACGACCCUUCUAUUCUGUCCACUGACAUCGUUCAAUGUCUUACAGAAAUUCUACUGAUUUAUUUUUUGUGUUUUUGUAAGGACCCUAGUUGUGCCUGUGACUUUAUUUGAUAAAUUUUUAUCCUGUUUUAUGCCACGGCAAUUUGUGCCACCCAUUAAGCUGAUAUUUUUUAUAUAGAGUAGUGUACCUUGAAAUUAUUAACUUCCUUAGACAUACUCAGUAAGUCAGUAUAAUGCUGUGCCCUAUAUUUUAUAUUGCAUAGACUAGCAGCUUUUCUUUCCUGAAUAGUGAUUUUUUUCAAGUAAACUUAAAGGGACAUGACACCCACAUUUUUUCUUUUAUGAUUUAGAAAGAGAAUGCAAUUUUAAACAUCUUUCUAAUUUACUUAUAUUAUCUAAUUUGUUUUAUUCUCUUGAUAUUCUUUGCUGAAAAGCAUAUCUAGAUAUGCUCAGUAGCUGCUGAUUGGUUGCUGCACAUAGAAGCCUUGUGUGAUUGGCUCACCAUGUGCAUUGCUUUUUCUUCAACUAAGGAUAUCUAAAAAAUGAAGCAAAAUAAAUAAUGGAAGUAAAUUGUAAUGUUGUUUAAAUUUCUAUUCUCUAUCUGAAUCAUGAAAGAAAGAUUUCGGGUUUAGUGGCCCUUUAAGCGAUAUAUCUUCAGAUAUUUAUAUAUAUAUAUCCCCUUAAUGACAAGCUGCAUACCCUAUAUGUCGCUGGUCUCUCUAUGGGGGUGUCGUUUUGAAUAGUGCUAUUUUAUCAAGCCAUCCGGAUGGAGGGAGGGACUAAUAGCACUAUUAAAGGCACACAAUCAUUUAAUGUCCAACGAUGUACACUGAACGUCGCAGUCGUUAAGGGGAUAUAUAUAUAUAUAUAUAUAUAUAUAUAUAUAUAUAUAUAUAUACACACACACAUACAUGCAUCAUUCAUAGAAAAAUAUCACUAUAGUUUACUAAUAAGAGAAAGGUUUCUAGUCCAGUUAAUGUUAAAGGUAGGGAAAAAAAUCCAAACUGUUGACUCAGUCACUGUAAUUUCCAGCCCUGUGUGUGUGUAUAUAUAUAUAUAUAUAUAUAUAUAUAUAUAUAUAUAUAUAUAUAUAUAUAUAUAUAAAUAUUUAUAUAUAUAUUUAUAUUACUCAACCAGGACUAGUGUAGUUUUAGUUUAUCAUAAUACUAAAAAGCAUUUAUUACAAAUCCUCAAAUCCAGAAUUCCAAGAUCAAUUUUUUUUUCAUUAAUAUUUGUUUCUAAAAAUAAAAUUAUUAAAAAUUACCAUUUUUAAUAAUGCUUUCCAAAAUAUAAAUUCGAGUCUAUAUUUAAAACAACUACAAUUACUUUUCUGAUUACAGCAGUAAGUAAUCUUUCUGAUGGUACUAUAUAUAAAACUAUCUUUAGGUUACAUGUUUAACUGUAUUGUGACAUGCAAAUAUUGCCUAAAUUAUAUAAGAUAUUGUUGUUUACAAUUGGUCCCAUCCUCGCUCCGAACUGUCCCAUUUUACAGGUGCAGAUAUGCCAAAAUCCAAACUAUUAUGAAAUCCAAACCUUUUCUGGUCCCAAACAUUUUAGAUAAAUAAGCCUAUUUAUCAUGGCCCGAAUGGGGCCAUAUACCCCUGUUUCUGCGUGAUCCUUCAGGCUCUCCAGAAACAGCAGUUAAGAGGCAGCGCUCUUAAGACCGCUGCUACUUAAUUUGUCCGCUGCCUCUGAGGCUGCGGAUAUGAAUCCGCCCAAUCACAUACGAUCACGUUGAUUGACACCCCCUGCUAGCCCCCGAUAUGCCGCGAACCUGCAGGGGAUGGCAUUGCACAAGCAGUUCACCAGAACUGCUUGUGCAAUGAUAAAUGCCGACAGCAUAUGAUGUCGGUAUUUAUCGAUGUCUGGAGGACAUGAUUGCUACAACGGAUCAUGUCCGCCAGACAUUUGAUAAAUAGGCCCCAAAGUGUUUUGUACCUGUAGUCUAUAUAUAAUUUAAUCCCAUAAACAAGUUUCUUUAUCAGACCUAUUUUUAUUUAUCUUUAUAAAUUUAUGCUAUGUUUUCAUCCUUAAUCAUAAUUUAAGUCUUCCAUUUGAUUCCCAUUUUUUUCUUUAGUUUGAGUUUGUCAGGAAUAUUUGUUCUAUUGUUAAUUUGGAAACUGUACAGCGAUCUGUACAAAUGUCACUUUCUAGCUGUGAUGCUACAAGGGUUGUACAGGACGUAGGAGGAUGACAGUGACCUUUUGCCCUUCUGCUGCAUAAUUCAAUAUAUAAAUGGUCAGGGAAUCACCCUGGUAAGAAAAUCAAUGUGAAAACCGUCAUCAGUAAAAUGGGAUCGAUUGUGACUCAUAGCACUUCAUACAUUUGCAUGAACACGGCUGUACGUCUGUACAAAAACACACGCUAAGCCAUGUGUAAUUAGAGCAUGAUAAGACAAAUUAUGUUUAUUAAAUGUUAAGGGUUACUGAACCCAAAUUGUUUCUUUCGUGAUUCAGAUAAAGCAUGCAAUUUUAAUCAACUUUCUUAUUUACUUUUAUUAUCAAAUUUCUUCAUUCUCCUAGUAUCUUUAUUUAAAAAGCAAGAAUGUAAGUUUAGAAGCCGGACCAUUUGUGGUGAACAACCUGGGUUGAGAAGGAAGAAAAAUUGAUAAUAGGAGUAAAUUAGAUAGUUGUUUAAAACUGCAUGCUCUAUUUGAUUCAUGAAAGAAACAAUGUGGGUUCAGUAUCCCUUUAAGUAGAGGGUGGGUGUUAUGAUAUGGAAUUUACUCUGUUUUAUAAUUAAAAUCUAUUUUAUCAAUAAAUAAUUAAAAUGUGA